AGGCUCUGCCGAAAUUCGGAGGGCUGGAGCGACUCUUGACACUUCACCUCAUCCAACAACUACAUUUGCCCUAAGAUCUUUUAUUAUGAAGGUCACGAAAUGUGACAAAGUCUCUAUUUGACAUCUAGGAUGUACAAGCUCGUUGCAGGCCGAGAUGCCAAUACCACUACUCUCCGGACAUCUACCUGCAUACUCAGAGCCUUGCGAUCGAUCUGCAAGGCCUCUCUCACCCAUUCUAGUCGAUGAGAAUGCGUAAGUCGGGCAUUGUAACGAGUCCGGGUGAAUGACCGGAUGACAAUGGUGAAUGACAAUGUCAACCCAUUUUCAUUUCACCCUGACAAAGAGCCAUGGUUAAAAUAAGACACAGUGUGAAGGACUUCUUCUUCACCCAUGAGCAUCCUUUGUUCCUUUGUUGGAUUCAGGCCUUUCUCCUUCUAUAUAUGUUGUCCUCUUCUCUCGAUCCUGAGAAGUCUUUCCUCUUCCCGCACGAACACAAGAACGAAAACAGCGUACGAAAUCGAGACUGCACCGGCAAGAUUGUUGUGCAUUGAGGGACAGCCCACAUCGACGGGCCCCAACCGCCACCACUCUCCAACGCAAUCUCGAUCGACUCGCUCUCUUCGCCCACCGUUCGCAAAGGCAACUUUUCAACUUUAUUUCCACUCCGACACCUCCAGACUCUCUACACUCCGCCUCCCAGACCUCUCUUCCUCGCCGACAACCCAAUCCAACCAAGACACAGUCAUGGGACCACGGAUUGAGCCCCCAUACCAGGGCAAAGGUAAGGCCCGGCUCCCGAUUGUGCUCACUAACCAUCGAGCUGCAGUCACCAAAGCCAACGCUUACCGUACCCAAUCGAACAGACGCAACGCAAUCGCCGGGUUGACGAAGAAAGACACAGCAACGGUGGCGCUCUUCGACCAGGUUUGGGGAACGGAAGCUGCCAAAGACACAGAUCCUGAGAUCAAAGCUGCCCAAAGUGAGUUUCUCAAUCGCAUCAUCCUCUCCGAGCCCUCCUACCAAGGUAAAGGGAAGGGCAAGAUCGCUGCUGCGACCGUUCGCGAGAACCUCCGGGCUGCCAAGGCUAACCUGGAUCUUCAAUUCUUCGGGAGACGCAUGUCAGUCAGCAGUAUGACGAGCGAGGAGAUCGAUGAAGUGGCUCUUCACGGCAUGAAGCACGGAAAGGGAUCGCCGCCCAAGGCAGAUACCCGGAGCAAGCUUCAAAAGAAAUUCAUCUCAAACCCCUCGCAUGCCCAGAAUCGACCCAGCAAAGGCGGCCAAUCGGUCGGUACGUUCAUGCGGAGAUUCAACGGUGCUGGACCCAGCUUCGUGAAAGCCCCGAGUGUCCAUAAAUCGUCUGAGCCGAUGGAGAGCAACGACAAAGACAGCGACGCAGCCAACCUUCCCCUCGCUAUGAGCACCAUCAACCUGAACACGCAAGCUGCAGCCAACCCAUCGACUCCCACCCACUCUCCCGUGUACGAAGGCAGUGCAACCGGAGACAUCAGCCCCCUCAGUCUCUCCGGCUACAGCGACGAGGACAUGGACGCAGCGCAAAUCCUCGUCCCCAAAGACAAGCACGCCAAAGCCAAAGCGCAACACAAAAAAGAGGUCAUUCGCCUCUGGUACCAAAAGACCCAAGAGCUAUUGCAAGUCCUGUCGGAGCUGCCGGAUGUCGACGUCGAGGCCAACCUUUCGGGCGUCGCCAGGACGCUACGGAUGUCUGAGGCGAUGCUGAGGGCGGAGAUUGGGGUGCUUCGCAGUGCCGAUGACUUUGUUGGGUUGAGUGUUGAUGAGGAGGAUGAGGAGCUUGAGGAGGAUGAGGAGAUCGAGGAGGAUGAGGAGCUUGAGGAGGAUGAGGAGAUCGAGGAGGAUGAGGAGGUUGAGGAGGUUGAGGAGGUCGGUGGCGGUCUUGAUGAGGAGAUGUGACUGGACUGGCGAGCACGGCAUUGAUCAGGGUAAGUCAGGUGAGUUUGCAGCGUUCUUGGGAAGCAUACCGGGUAAUGUGGAGCGUUCUUGGGAAACAUCAUAGCGG